GAAAUUUAACCUAAAUUGAUAAGAAACAAAAAGGAAACUUUCAAACCCUAACGAGAGCCACGAAAAGUAAAUCAAAUUGAAAAUUGGCAACAUCAUCGUUUCACAAUUAAACUUUUCUGACCAUAUUGCAAGAAUGAUUGAUAAGAAGCAGUACAUCCUGCCAAAUACGCAGCCUGUGGGUGAUUUGGAAUGUAAACAAGCAUUCCAAAACUUGACGCCGGAAGAGAAAUUCUACGCUCAUUUCUUCAGUCGUGCUUCCUGGAAUGGUGGUCUGAUUGCAUUGAUUCAGACAAGCCCUGAAGCCCCGUUGAUCUUCUCCCUGCUCCACCGAAUCUUCCUGGCGGAUACUGUUGCAUCCCUCAGGGAAGCUGUACUGAAAAUUGGGGUGUCUGAAGAGGAUUUCACGGCCUUCCUCGUGUACUCCUGUGGUUUCUUCGGGAAUGGAGGGAACUACAAGAGUAUGGGAGACACGAAAUUCCUCCCAAAUAUCGACGAGAAGACCUUUGAAGCCAUCAUUCGGGCAUCAAAGGCUUUCCGGGAGGAUGAGAAGACAAUUGGUGGGCUGUGGGAGGCCACCAAGAAGGGCAUCUUCCUCCUCACGGAACGCACAAAAAUCCUGGGAUUCAAGGAUCAAGGGAUCACGACGUACUUCUCAGCCAAUUGCACCAAAGAGGAUGCAGACUUUGUCAAUGAAUGGCUCAAGGAGAAGCGCAUUGAUGCCUACAUCUGUCGCACAUUCAAGAUUGAGAGUGAAAUGGGGACGCUGUACGACAUUAAGUUAGCCUCAAUUGAGACGAGUCCCAAGGAGGGCAUCACCCUGGCUGAGGAAGACUACAAAGGGUGCAAAUUCCGCGUGACACGUGGCGACUACGGGCAGUUGCUGAAGUUGGUGACAAAGAACCUCAGGGAGGCGCAAAAGUACGCCGCAAAUGCCAAUCAGGAGAAGAUGAUUGAGCACUACGUGAGGAGUUUCGAAGAGGGAAGCCUGAAGGAUCACAAGGAUGGCUCUAGGUUCUGGAUUCGUGACAAGGGCCCGGUUAUUGAGACUUAUAUUGGCUUCAUUGAGACGUACCGUGAUCCAGCUGGGCAGCGAGGGGAAUUUGAGGGAUUCGUGGCCAUGGUUAACAAGGAAAUGUCCGCGAAGUUUGGUGCCUUAGUGACAAAUGCUGAGAACUUCCUGAGCCUCCUGCCGUGGGGGAAGGACUUCGAGAAGGAUAACUACCUCAAACCAGACUUUACUUCUCUCGAUAUUCUCACCUUUGCCGGAAGUGGCGUCCCAGCGGGAAUUAAUAUCCCAAAUUAUGAUGAGAUUCGUCAGGAUGAGGGUUUCAAGAAUGUCUCACUGGGCAAUGUCCUCGCCAAUACCAAUAAAACCGACUCAAUCCCUUUCCUCACGGAGGAAGAUCAAAUCCUCAUGAAGAAGUACAAAUCUCAAGCUUUUGAGGUUCAAGUGGGGCUUCAUGAGCUCCUUGGGCAUGGAAGUGGGAAGCUUUUCCGCAAGAAUGAAGAUGGAUCAUUCAAUUUUGAUCAAUGCACCAUCAAGGAUCCCCUAACGGGGGGCCCCAUUGAGUCAUGGUACGAACCGGGGGAGACUUAUGAUUCCAAAUUCACCACAAUGGGAUCUUCGUACGAGGAAUGCCGUGCUGAAGCUGUUGGGCUCUAUUUGAGUCUCAACAAGGAAGUUUUGCGCAUCUUUGGGCACGAAGGGGAAGAAGCUGAGGAUAUCAUCUACGUGAAUUGGCUCCUUCUCAUCUGGGGUGGAGUUGGGCUGGCAAUGGAGCUGUACAAUCCGUCGAAUAAGCAAUGGCUCCAGGCGCACUAUCAGGCUCGUUUUGUUAUCAUGAAAGUCCUCCUUGAGGCGGGGAAUGGCUUGAUCACCAUCGAAGAGACUGACAAUGGGAAGAAUCUUCUGCUGAAGGUGGACAGAAGUAAGAUUCCAACAGUCGGCAGGGAAGCUCUUCGGGACUUCUUGACAAAGCUGCAGGUGUACAAGUCCACGGGGGACAUUGUUCAGGCACGCAAGAUGUACAAUCACUACUCGGAAGUCAGUGAGACGGGGCCCUAUCCGUGGGCAAAGUGGCGUGACAUUGUUCUUCUGCACAAGAAGCCACGAAUGAUCUACUUGCAGUCAAAUACGUUCCUGGCCCCCGAUGGGAAUGUACAGCUAAAGACGUACGAUGCAACAUUUGAAGGGUACAUCCAGUCGUGGGUGGAUAGAUUCAACACCACGGAAAUUGAUGUUAUCCUGGAGAAUUUGGCGGCUGAGAAUAGGCAAUAUUUUGCAGAAUUGCUCUAAAUUUUGCCAUUUUCUUUUGCACCUUUUUAAUGCAUUUUAUAAAUAACAGAGAGAGGUAUUAUUUUGUUUAGAGAGGAUACUUCCUCCUAUUAUUAAAAAAAAUAAACUUGAUUGACUUUAUUCUGCAAAAA